AUGCCGGUGGCUUUCGUGAAAGAGAACAAGAAGAUGUUAGCGAAGCAAUGCUUACUGAAAACGGAUGAAGCAGGGACUUUGUGGGAAGCAAAGAUAGUGAGGGAGGAAAGGUCUAGUAAGUACAACAUAUGUGAAGGAGAGUGGCCACAGUUUGUGGAGUAUCACAAGCUGGAGCUAGGGGACAUCUUGUUCUUCUAUCUCAUUGAUAAAUCGAUGUUCCAUGUCCAGCCCUACACAAAGAAAUGUUGUAGAAACCUUCCCCCUUUUGAUGAACUCAGUAGUUCCGAGGAAGAGGAACACGCCACGAAAGUUAAAACAAAGCAAAACGAGUCAUCAGAACCUGUCCAACUUCCUGUUAAUAUCUAUAGGAAAAGGUCUGAUAUGGGGAUCAUGGCAUCAUCAGCUGUUUCUUAUGAAGCUCCGAUUGAUAUUUGGAUUUUUGGUAUGAAAAGAGUGUGUUUGCAACAAAUUAAAGCCCAUCGUACAUGCACCGCCGAGUCUGAUCAUUCUCUCGAGAUCCUAGCAAAAAUUCCAGACAUGGUUGAGCAUUCUGUUGGCCAUGGUCCAGUAGGACAGUCCAACAAAAGAAAAAGACAAGGAAAUGCAGAGGAAGCCGCUUUAGAUUCUUUCACAAGAAAGGGCCAAAGCUGCAAUACUAUGUUUGAGCAACAAUCCAAGACUGUUUAUGAUGUGAAGAAGACGGUAAUGCCCAAAUUAAUAUACAAAGAGUGGGCUAUAGCAUAUCAAAGAGCAAAAGCUUUUAAGUCUAAGAAUCCAUUCUUUAUAUCUCUUAUGCAACCUACGUAUACGUCGGGUAUUCUGUACGUAAGGUUGACCUUUGCUAGGAAAUAUUUCGGGGAGAACUGCAGCAACUUAGUGCUUCGUGUUCCAGGUAGGGGAUCUUGGCCUGUAAAAUGCUCUCUUGGACAAGUACAAGCUAAAAUCAAAGGUGGUUGGAGGGAGUUCGUUCUGGACAAUAAGUUAAAAUUAGGUGAUGCUUGUGUAUUUGAAGUCAUUGAAGGCAAUCCGCUUUUUAUAGAUGUCACCAUAUUUCGUGCAGCUGGGAGCACGCCAAUGCGUGAAACUGAUUGA